CCAUCUGUUUAUGACACCCCCUCAGAGCCCCCUGUGGUGACGCUGCGCCCUGACCCCCUAUCGGUGGCCCCUGGGACACCGGCUGAGCUGGUCUGUGAGAUCUCUGGCUACUACCCGUUGGACGUGACAGUGAGCUGGCUGCGCCGGGGCCCCGGGGAGGCAGGGGGUGACCUGCUGGAGUAUGUGACUGAGACCUGGGAGUCAGGGCACCGGCGUGGCCCCGAUGGCACCUACAGCCUGAGCAGCUUUGCCCGCCUGGCGCCCGUCCAGCCCCGCGAUCACGGAGCCACCUACAGCUGCCUUGUGACCCACGCCGCCCUGGCCACCCCUGCCCGGAGGAGCAUCCGGCUGUGCGUGGCAGGUGCCACGGGCCCCUCCCUGGAGGAUGCCAUUGGGAUGUUCCUGGCCGCGUUCCUGCUCUAUGGGCUCUUCCGCCUCCUCGGAAACAAAGGUGUGUGCCCCCGUGUCACU